CCCCAAUCUCGACCCGAUGUCGGCGAGGGCCCCUCCGGCGAGGCGGCGGCGCUCCACCAGCCCCAGUUCCUCUCUCGCGAGGAGGUCCUCCGCCGGCGAUCUCUCCGCGCGAAGAAGCUCUCUAGGGUUUAUCGGAGGCACUAUUGGGCGCUGAUUGAGGAGAUUAGGGCUAAGCAUCGGGACUACUAUUGGGAGUUUGGGAAGAGCCCUUUGGAGGGGGAGGAGGAGGAGAAUGAGGAGGGGGAGAGGAAAAGGUGUGGGACUUCAGGGUGCAAAUCGAAGGCGAUGCCGCUGACGACGUACUGUCAUCAGCACAUAUUGUCUGAUAAGAAGCAGACUCUGUACAAGGGCUGCGCGUUUGCGACGAAAAGUUCACAGCCUAAAUGUGGGAAGCCAAUUCUUAGAUCUACAGUGCCAUCUCUCUGCCAUGUGCACUAUCAGAGGAAUCAGAGGCAGAUUUCACAAGCCUUGAAGAAGGCAGGCCUUAAUUCUUCGAACAAAGCUCCUCCUAAGUUUCAUGUCUUAAUUUCUGAAUGUGUGAGGCAAAUUCAAGCCAGAAGAAGAGAAAAGUUGAUGGCAACCACAACUGCAGAUAAGUUUUUUGAUUCUUCACUGAGGACAACUGAUACGAGAGAGAUGCGCGUCAUUGGCAAGAAACCUCCUCCAGUGGAAAAGAAAUUCACUAGUUUACGAGGGAGGUUGCAGGACAGCGUUGGGAGGAUGAUGGCCUCAAGCCCUGAUAAGGCACAACUUUCCCCCUCCAUGACCAAGGUUAAGUGAUGCCGUUGGGGUCUCACCAAAAAUUGAAUUCUUUCCGGGGGCUUACCAAGAUGUAAAAAAAUGUUCUCGGGUUUUAUCAAAAUUGAUUUUUCUAAUAAAAAGGUUUGCUCAAGUAUCUAGCAUUGAGCUGAUGUUUAAUUUUUUUUAUUUCACAUUGUAUAGGACAUUAGUUACAGCUACGUUUGUUUUUGGAAAGAGUUGUAAAUUUGUGGCAUUGAUGUUUCUGAUAGGUUGCUACGGAAGUACUCGCAAAUUGUUUUGUUUUGUAA